AUGAGAGGUUGGACCUACGAAUUCUACGAGGAGCUCCGAUGGCCAAUUACGCUCGGCUUCCUCACAUUCCUGCUGCUGCUGUGCAUCAUCCUGGUGAUUGGGGCAACGCGGAGUUCCCGAUGUGCGCUGAUUUUCUUCAGCGUUUGCGGCCUGCUGGCGGUGACGGUGUGCUGGCUGCUGUCCGGAAUCUAUCUGGCCAGUGCCGUUGCCCUGGGAGAUUUCUGUAUGAAACCGAACGAUUUCAUCUGUAGUCAGCAAAAAUUAAAGGACGUCCAAUACACAUACUGCAGCUCGGUGGGCACAAAUCGAUACGUGUUGCGGCUUAACGAAUCGAAAGAUUAUGUCGAUCGAGCGAAAGAAUCCCUCGAAACGGUAAACCGAAUCGCUAUCGAUCUGUAUCCGCGAUUCGAGAUGAGCUCGAAGAUUAGCCGUCUCAACGGAGAACUGGAUGACAGCAAACGGCAGCUGAUAGCGCUUUCGGCGAUGGCCGACCGGAGAACCGUGAUGGAACAUUACGCCAAUGCAACGCGAGGUCUGUGCGAAGGAGGCCUUCUGGGGUUGACACUAAUGCUGCUGGCCAGCUUGGUUGCGGCCGCCAUUCUCAGCCUGCUGGUGUGCGUUGAUUCACAUACGUGGAUCUAUUUGACAAAGAAGAGACCAAUUGAGGAUAAAUCAGAAACUGCUCCACUGUUCCCUGCGGGAGCAGUAACGGCUUCUCCCUCAGCACCUAUCACUUCGGGAACGAUGACGGUGAACCGGACGUUGCUGCACGCUCAGGCGGCAACCAGCAAUGGUAGCACAACUGGCCCUAUCCCCAGCAGCGGCCGCAACGGAACCACACACGGAUUGCGCGGGUUGGCAUCCUACAGUGGUGAAGAGUCACCACCACCAGAUUAUAAUGUUGUGGUGCAUGAUAACAACAGAGCCUCCGGGCAUCACACAUUGGGCCGAUUGCCCUCGCAACAGACCCAUAUUGCCGGGCCAAAUAAUGGCAAAUAUGCAACGCUUAGUAAACAAUGUAAAACGCUUGAAUCGAGCGAUUUCUACUGAGAAUCGCCUGCCUGCAAUGUGUCUGCAGGCAGCAAUAAAUUAGGUGAGUUCGAAACGCCCACGUCACCUCAACCGUAUAACGCGAAUGGUCCGCUUGCAGAUAUAAAACUGACAGCAUCGACAACUAAUCUCUCCGA